AUGCGUGUUAACGUCUUCAUGCAAAUCGGCUUUGUCUCGGCAGAAAGCGGACAGGGCCGCGCAAAAAAUGUACGGAACAUCUUGCUUAAGAAUUCCGUCAACAUCAUGCUGUGCGCGAUCUGCUGGUGGGCGGUUGGUUACGCUUUUGCCUACGGCAAGACGGCUGGAGGACUCUUAGGCAUCUCUCACUUCUUCAGUGAUGGGGAGACGUUCGAUUCCAAGCCCUGGUUCUUCACAUGGACGUUUUGUUUGUCGGCCGUAACUAUCGCAUCUGGGUGCCUCGCGGAGAGGACACACCUCUUUGUCUACCCUGUCUACACGGCGGUGGUCAGCAUUGUCGUACAUCCUGUCGUGGCCCAUUGGGUUUGGGGUAAGGACUCGUGGCUCAACUCCCGAGUCGGGUCCCCCUGUCGAUUCUUGGAUUUUGCGGGAGGCGCUGUCGUACAUAUCGUGGGCGGCCUAACGGGCCUUAUCGGCGCCAUACUUUGCGGCCCCCGGAUGGGCCGUUUCGAAGACGGAGUCCAAAAGGAUAUUCCGGGGCAUGACGUAUCGUCCGUCAGCCUCGGAUCGCUCAUGUUGUGGUUUGGCUGGUUUGGAUUCAACUGCGGCUCCACGUAUAUCUACAUGUCGGACGGGGGCCCGGCGGCCUCCUCUGCCGUGAGCCGGGUCGCACUCAACAUGACGCUCUGCGCGAGUGCUGCGGGUAUGACCUCGCUGGUGCUGGCGAGCUUGCUGUCCGGUGGGUCAGCCGGUACCUUUGAUUUGGGGGUUUGUUGUAACGGCUUGAUGGCUGGCCUCUCCGCCUCGACUGCCAACGUCGGGUUCAUCACCCCAUGGGCUUCGUGCAUAACCGGCACGUUGGCGGGUUUGUUGUACGUUGCCAGCUCCCGGCUGCUUGUACGGCUGGGGAUCGACGACCCCCUGGACUCGAGCGCCAUUCACUGCGGAUCUGGGCUGCUGGGGGUGGUGAUUAGCGGCUUUCUUGCUCGUCCGUCGUACGUACGGUCCAUGGUCGACAAGAAUUGCGGCGGACUUGUGUACGGCAUGAAUGGCGGGACGCAACUAGGCAUGCAGCUAUUAGGCAAGUACUGUCGUAUUUCUGGGAGGAAUGGUUUUGGGGGAAAGAGGGGAGGGAGAGUUAUGACCUUAUGGGGGGGAUUGAGGCGAUGGGUGAAAAGUGAUCCAUGGGGGAGCUAUGUCGUACGGCGUCUCCUCGUCACCAUCGCCUGGACGGCUUUAUGGAGCAUCCUCGCCUUUUCGACCCUAAAACGCUUUCAGCUCUUGCGUGUCGACCAGCAAACAGAGCUGGCAGGCAUCGAUAAUAUGGAACACGGCGGCCCAGCGUAUCCAGAGUUUUUGCAGCGAGUGCAGAGCUCCAGAACUGGGUUUUAG